GGGGGAGGAGGCGGGCGUGGGACGCCGCUUUUCCCAAAUUUCCGCAAGCUCCAGGCCGGGAGGAGCCCCCCCGAGGCUUCCUCGUCACUCCUCCCCCUCAGCCCCAGCCCGGUGGCCCGCGUGCGGAGGCGGGGCGAGGGGGAUGGGUCGGGAGGAGUCGGCCGCUCCUCCCCUCUGGCCGGCUCGCCCAGUGGGUCUCCCUCCCUCUCCACCCGCCCCCGGCCCCGCUUCCUUCAGGCCCAUUUCAAGAUGGCGGAGAUCCCCUUGUAUUUUGUGGACUUGCAGGAUGACUUAGAUGAUUUUGGGUUUGAAGAUUAUGGGCCAGAUUGUGAUAGCAUGAGGAUAACUGCCUUCUUGGACAUUCCGGGACAAGAUAAUUUGACUCCACUAGCAAGAUUGGAGAAGUAUGCCUUUAGUGAUAACAUCUUUAAUCGGCAGAUUAUUGCUAGAGGACUAUUGGAUGUCUUCCGGAACUUCAGUAAUAAUGAGGAAGAUUUCUUGACUGUAAUGGAGAUAGUGGUCAGACUGUCAGAAGAUGCAGAGCCUACAGUUCGGACAGAGCUGAUGGAACAAAUACCUCCCAUUGCCAUUUUUUUGCAAGAAAGCCGACCAAACUUUCCAUUGGCAUUCUCUGAAUAUCUUAUGCCCAUUGUCGUGAGGUAUCUCACAGAUCCAAACAACCAGGUUAGGAAAUCAAGUCAGGAAGUACUGCUGAUUCUAUUGGAACAGGAUCUAAUUUUUCAAAAUGAUAUUGAAAACAAAGUCUGCCCAAUACUACUGGACCUAUCUGCUCCAGACAGUGAUGAUGAAUACAAAGCAGAAGCUGUGAAUAUAAUCUGCAAAAUGGCUUCAAUGCUAAGCAAAAGCACAGUUGAACGCCUGCUACUUCCUCGAUUUUGUGAAUUGUGUGGUGAUGGGAAGCUUUUCCAAGUUCGGAAGGUCUGUGCUACAAAUUUUGGGGAUGUCUGUAAUGCUGUUGGACAAGAAGCUACUGAGAAAUUUUUGAUCCCAAAGUUUUUUGAACUCUGCUCUGAUAGUGUUUGGGGAAUGCGGAAAGCUUGUGCUGAAUGCUUUAUGGCUGUGUCCUACACCACUUCAUCUGAAGUUCGAAGAACCAAACUAUCUCCUCUCUUUAUCAAUCUUAUCAGUGACCCUUGUAGAUGGGUACGUCAGGCUGCUUUUCAGUCUCUUGGUCCAUUUAUUUCUACCUUUGCAAAUCCUUCUAGUGCUGGUCUUUAUAUUCGAGAGGACGGAACGCUAAGUAUCCGACCACCAGCACAGGAUAUAACUCCCAUUUCUGGCUCCACGAGCAGUUGUGUCAAUAUUACAUCAUCUUGUUCAGGAAAUCCUGAACACAUAAAAUCAGAUCCACUGACUGAAGGAAUAUCAAUUGAAACUAGUAAUUUCCUGCAUGUUGAAAAUUCGCACAUAAGUGGAAUGGAAAAGAGAAUGACCUGCCCUGCUAGUGCUGAAGAAGAGUUGAUUCAAAGCUGUCAGAGUGACAGUUGUUAUGCAAUCAAGGAUGCUAAUGAUAGUCAAGUAAACAACUGCCAGGGCCUGAAGAAAGCUUGUUCAGGAAGUUCUGAGGACUUAUUCAAUAAUUUUCUUUACUGGCGCACGCCUCUCCCAGAUAUCAGCCAGGAUUUAGAACUGCUUCAAACCAAGACUGAACAGCAGGAAGAAGGAUGCUGUAUACCAGACACUGUGUGUAAGAAAUGUGUUGCCAGUAGUGAAAUUAAAAAAGUAUUGGAAAGUUUGCAGGAACAUAUGAUGAAUGAUCCAGAUGUCCAAGCUCAGGUUCAGGUGUUAUCAGCUGCACUUAGAGCUGCCCAGCUUGACUCCAUGAGUGAUUCUGAAAUUAAAAAUGCAGAAAAGUCCCAUGAGGAAGUAUCCAGUUCAGAGCCUAGCUCUACCACUGAAAAUCAGAACACUGUAUCUUCUGCAUCAUCCCAAAAUGAGCUGUUGGAGGCCAAGGUAAUACAAAGCACAGAUUCUGAAAAACGUCUUAAUGGAACCAGUGAACAUUUGCAAAAAGAGCAGAGAUUUGACCCAACCCCAUUUGAAGACCAUAAAUCUAAGUUACAGGAUAUAAUACCUCAGCAAUUAUUAGACCAGUAUUUGUCAAUGACUGAUCCAGCAAGAGCUCAAACUGUUGACACUGAUAUAGCCAAACAUUGUGCUUACAGUCUCCCUGGAGUAGCUUUAACUUUGGGGCGGCAGAACUGGCACUGCUUGAAAGAUACAUAUGAAACACUGGCAUCGGAUGUACAGUGGAAGGUACGUCGGACACUAGCCUUUUCUAUUCAUGAGCUAGCUGUAAUUCUUGGAGAUCAGUUAACAGCAGCUGAUUUGGUGCCAAUAUUUAAUGGAUUCUUAAAGGAUUUAGAUGAAGUGCGCAUUGGAGUUCUUAAACAUCUCUAUGAUUUUCUAAAGUUGCUUCAUGCAGACAAGAGGAGAGAAUAUCUUUACCAACUUCAAGAGUUUGUAGUAACUGACAAUAGUAGGAAUUGGAGGUUUCGAUAUGAAUUAGCAGAACAACUGAUCCUGAUAUUGGAACUCUACAAUCCCAGUGAUGUUUAUGACUACUUAAUGCACAUCGCACUAAAACUGUGUGCAGAUAAAGUUUCUGAAGUUCGGUGGAUCUCCUUUAAGCUAGUUGUGGCAAUUUUGCAGAAGUUCUAUUCAAACAAUGCAAGUGCAUUGGGGUUAAAUUUUAUCAAUGAACUCAUAAUAAGAUUUCGACAUUGUCCCAAGUGGGUUGGAAGACAAGCAUUUGCAUUCAUUUGUCAGGCAGUAGUAAGAGAGGAAUGUAUACCUGUAGACCAGUUUGUAGAGCACCUACUUCCCAGUCUUUUAAGUCUUGCCUCUGAUCCUGUGCCAAAUGUAAGAGUUUUGCUAGCCAAAGCCCUAAGACAAACGCUAAUGGAAAAAGCUUAUUUUAGAAAUGCUGGCAACCCUCAUCUUGAAGUUGUUGAAGAGACUGUCUUAGCUUUGCAAUCAGACCGAGACCAGGAUGUUUCCUUUUUUGCCACCUUAGAGCCAAAAAGAAAUAUUAUGGACACAGCUGCUCUAGAAAAACAGAAUUAAUUUGGUUUAAAUCUGAGUCGUGGAUUUUACAGUCUUCAUGUACAGUUUGUGAUAACAAUGAAGAAGGGGAACUGUUUUGUAUCUUCCUGGAGAGAAAAGAUUUCUUAUAUUCAUAACAUUCACUAAAUGAAAACUGUCCUCUGCAGCACCAUUCAUUUCAUAUGGGAUGGUUACUUAUUUCAGUUAUGCUGUCCCUGCUAUGCUUUUGCCUUCCACUUAAAAGCUUGAUUUUUCUUUAACUUUCUGUGAAAAUGAGCCAAUACUGUGUAGAUCCUUUGAGUUUGAUGCAUAACUAGAAUCUUCAUACCAUCAGAUUGCCUGAUAGUAAUUUUAUACCAUAUUAUUUAAAAUUAUUUUUCAUAAUAAAGUAGUUUACUACCAGCUUUAAAGCCUAACUUUAGUGAACUUGUAUAUUUUGAUGCACUGAUACUUUUUAAUAUAGUUUAUGGUGUUGCAUUUUAUUCUACCUGAAGUAUUGUACAUAUGUGAAUAAUUCUUGACCAGAAGUCUAUAUAUUAAUCAAAUGUCAACCUCACAUCACUAAAACCAUAUAAAUACAUCAUUUUCACUUAUACUCUACUUUGUUGUUGCAAAUUAGGUCAGUUUGUGUUUGCUUUUGAAUAUACAUAAUAUUUUCUUAAAUAUACUAAAGGAAAUAUAUGACAACUUUUUAUAUGAUAGUUUUUAUUCUUAUAAACUGUUAUUGAAACUUUCUUAAGCACUUAACUAUUUCUUGCUCUUGCUGCUAGAACUAUAUUAUAUUCAUAAAUGUAUACAUUGGCCAUUGCCAGAGGUAUGAAACUAUAUAAAAUUAAAAGUUCAUUGGUUAUAUUAACACAUUUGUGAAUGUGGAAACAAAAUUUCUGAUUGAAAUGUACGGGUAGUAACUGGCCGCAGUUCUUGAAACUUAACAGAAGUAGGAAACUAUGUAGGUAACUAACACAUCAAUAUACAUAUUAUAUGUAUAGUGAUUGUUGCAGAAGAAGGGGAGGGGGGACACAAUAUUAAGUACUUCUUAACACAAAAUCCAGACAUAUGUAUGGUUUAGAAUAAGAAGAAACUGCUGUAUUUGGACCAAUUGUCAUUAGGUGAUUAUUUUGCUUUUCAUUAUGGUCUGUUUACUACAGAAGCCCAAAUCUAAAUACAUGUAUACCUGUGUAAAUUUUUAUUUCCUUUUCUGUUUGAGAAAUGAAAUAUAAGCUAAAGAUAAGCAUUCCAGUUUGUAUUCAAAGAGUGAUCUGUGGAGGGAGUGUAUGUUAGUGCUGUACUUCCUUCAUAAGUUUGGAUAGCUUUCUGAAGUGACAGAAUUUCUCGGCAUGCAUGGCUUGUUUUUUUGAUUCUUUUUUAGGUCAUUAUUUUUAAAAUAACAACAAAGCCUAAAAUUCAAUGCAGAGAAAUGGUUACCAUUCUGGGCUAGGUGGAAAAUAAAGUACACAGGUUAAAAUGUCAAACACAUUAUUGACUUUUGAUUUGUGGGGGGAUACUUUGCCGACUUUUUUCAAGUACAGGUUAGUACAUUAAGGGUACACUUUUUAAAAUAUGAGCUUUCAAACAUCUAACAGAGCUAACUAAUGUAAAUAGAUGGAGAUACAGUUUUACUAUAUAACAAGCCAUUUUGAUUACUUUAUUGUCUGGAAAUUAAUUGUAACAUUAAGUGAAUUGUUAGCCUAGCAGCAAGUAGAAUUUGUACAACUGGAAUUUUGCAUUUUGUGUAGGGUUUAAUUUUAUAUAAAAGUCUACCAGAUUAUGUUUGUAUUUUAGUGUUUGGAAUUUUGCAUGAUAGAUUAUAUAUUACAUGCUUUUAGAACUUGUAAAUAUGUUAGUGUUUUGGUAGAUAAUUUAAGCUCUAAAAUUCCAGUUGUACAUUAAAAUUUUUCUGUGAUUUAAUAUGAAUGCCUCUCCAAUGCAAAAAUUUUUUUAUGACUGGUUUCUCUGCAAAAAGUAUUUUUUGUAGUUUUAAUAUCUUUUCUAAUGCUAAUAUUUGAGUGUUUUUAAAUAACUCAGAUUUUCUAAAUUGUUCUUCCUUACUUUCCAUUUUAUUUUUUCCUAUCAUUAAAUUUCUUAGCACUAUGUACACUUUUUAAAAAGUGUACAUAGACACAUGUUUUGAGUGUUUGUAAUUGAUCAUCACUUAGAAGCUUCCUGCUUCUGUUAAGCAGUCUCUUCUCUUCAGGUACUCAACUGAAAACAUAGUGUGUUUCUCACAGGAUAUUUAGUUGAAUGUGCUGUUAAAUAAUAGGCCAUUUUCUAACUUUUCCAAAAUGAAAAUGUUUCCAUUGUUAAAUUUUUUUUUAAGUACCUUUCAAACUCCAAAAAUUCAUUCCCAUUUAAAAACUUGACGGGUUUUGAUAGAGCUUUCUAAAUUUGUGUAAAUGGAUAUCUGCAUGCAUUAGAAGAGGGGGGAAAUGUAGAACUUUCUAACAUCAGGCAAUGUGCAGAUCUGCCAAAGUUGCUCAUCUUUCUAAGAUGUCCGUUUUUUCCUUCAUCCUGGAAAUAUGAUUUUUAAGCAUGACUAAGGCAGCUCUUUUAGACAAGGUAUAUUAUGAUGAUUUUAAACUGUAUUUACAUAUAAUUCCUCAAGAUGGUUUACUUUGAAUUAUGCAAAAAAAAUAUACUUUAAAUACACAUGCAGCAAAGGUACAUUUUCAUAACAGCAGUAAGAAUUUAAUUUAAAUUUUACUAGCUAAGGGACAUGAAAUUAACAUUAGUGGUGCAAUAUUGUUUGGAUACUAUAGAAGAUUAUCAGGCACUUGUAUCCAAAGCAUGUUAGUCAUGUUGCUGAGAAUUCAAACUCACUGUUACCUAUGUUAUGUAAAUGAUAGAAACAUGGCAUCUAACAGAAUAUUGCCCUGGUGACAGAAAACAGUGUUUUAGAGCCCAAAUAAGUGGGGACACUCUGGAAGUGCCACUGAUUGUCAAAAUAUAGAAUCUAUGUAACUUUGUAUUUAUCUCAAUAAACCUCAUGAUUGUUUUAUGAAA